AAGAAGGCCGAUCUGUCCCUCAAAGAAAAGAAUCCCAUGGCUUUGAGUGGUAGCCUUUCACUAAAACUCCUCUUAAAGCCAUCAUAUUUUACGAAAAUCAGAGCAUCCAACAUCAAAGAAAGCUCAAAUCUGAAGAAAUGCCUGAGGUGCAACACUCUCUACCAAGAUAAGGAUAACUCUCCUACUUCUUGCUUUUUCCACGGCCAUAAGACAGGAGAGAGAGGAUUGUUUGCAUUGGCACCCCCACACCAGGGGAUAGACGGCGAGUGGAGUGACAGAAGUGGAGUGAUUGUUUACAGAUGGAAUGAGAAAGGGAAUAGGCCAAACACAGGAAUUGCCAAUUGGAAGAAAAGAUGGAGCUGCUGUGCUGAAUACAAUGAGAAUGCACUGCCAUGUCGACGAGGUCAUUGGUUUGUUUCGAGCUGGACGUUUUUGGGACGUGCUCCAUCAUCCAAGAUCAACAAACUAGCGUUGUGGAUAACUGAACCAUGGGUCGUAUUUGUCAGAAUUGGAAAUGGGGGGGGCCUGGUACGACUCGACUCGAGACCAGACAAGUUGGUCCAAGUUACCAAGUCUUAAAACCUUGCUUUGAAUAGGUUUUCAGAUACAUGUAUAGAUAAGCAUGUCAUUACGUUUCAUUCCUACCAUGUAUAUUUCUGUAUUUAGAUUUCUCAUUGGAUUUGGAUGACCAGUCAUCAAGGUCUUGAGAACGGUUUAACUUUCA